AUGGCGACGCAAAUCUCUGCCAACGGAGAGGCGCCCACCAGCACGCCGCGCACAGCAGGCGUCAAGUCCUACGAGCUGCUUACCUGCACCGUCAAGACCCCGCCAUUCUCAUACGCCCAGCUGGAACUUGUCUCCGACGCACCCAGAGCUUCAGAUGUGACGCCGCUCGAUAAUCUGCAAGUGCGGUCUUACUGCAACGCCGCUUUGAAGCAGUUCCUCGGGGCCACUGGCGCCGCCAUUCCUAUCGACAUUCUCAAGGUGGAAGCCGGGGAUUGUUGGCUGCGCGUGCCUCGUCAAGACCUGAGCCCGUUUGCCGCCGCCAUCACGGCCUGGGCCGGCGUCUCGGAACAGGGCUACCGGCGGAUGCUCCGAGUAAAGCAAUGUUCCGACUACCUGGGAGCCAUGGUUGGCGCGGACGGCCAGGACAAGCUCUGGUCACCAUGA